CUUGUUUUACUUUAUAUACUUUCUCUAUUGCCUGGCUCGCUAAAGAUCCUGUCUUUCUCGCCAAGAGGAAAGUCGGUCAGAAGGUUGGUGCACAAGUCACGGAUGAUCAGAUGUAUCGCAUCCAUUUCUUGUCGCCUAUUCUCAGUUGACUGUUGGUCUUUCACUACCGCGCUGGGAUGCAUGAGAUCGGCAUUGCGGUAAUGAAUGCUUGGGGAUCUGUUACGUACCCUGCGCAUUUGUACAAUACGCUCCAGCAGGAGGGACUACUUGUUAACCGGUGGCAGAAUAUGGAUGUGGUUAGGAGCUUACUUGGUGAUUCGAACUUCUUUGUUGGUAACCCGCCCAAGAACAAGGAUGAGUAUUUGAACAAAUUCCUACUUCAGGUGGGUUACUCUGCCUCUGCCAUUACAGCGCACAAAGGUUGUCCUUUACGACAGUCGAAGAGCCAUCAGGACAUGGCGUCUCGCUCUGGUCCUCCCGGCAUCAAGGAUGGUGUGCCUGUGUCGAGCAUAUUCAUCGAGAGAUAUCUACGACAGUCUGGACAAGUCAGCCUCACACCUGAGAACGUUGACUAUAUCAUUUCUGGAAGAAACUACCUCGAAAAUCAUUCCGAAAAUGAUGUAUCCUUCGUAAAAGCCGAUGGCGCACGAGAUCCCGAGAUCCAAAAACAAAAACAAAACAAAAAAGCAACAGACGGCGGUAAACUCAAACCCGGUGAACUUCUCAAACCACUCGCCAUGGCCCUCACCGCCGAAAUGUUUGAGUUUUCCUUCCCCUACCUCGUUCUGCAUCGUUGGGCUUGGAAAUUUCUUCGUCAGAUCAAAAGCGUCUGCGAUCCUGUACUGCAACGGUUAUAUGGUCCUGCGUAUCUCGAUCAAGAGAAAAAGCUCCCGCUUACGGUAGAAUAUAUACUCAUGACAUUUGCGGAGGAUCCAGAUGGUGAUGGGAGAGAACUCAUGAGGAUUGCAACGAGGGACUUGAAUAGGUUGGUUUGUCAGAAGGGGAUUUGGGAUGUGGCGAUUACGGCGGCGGGGAAGAUGUAUGGGUCGCAAUUCGAGCUUGAUAAUGUUGACGAUGAUGAUGGUGAUUUAUCUGAGCUGCCGCCUCCCGAGUAA